UGCAUGCGCAGGUCACCCGUAUAGCAGGGGUUGGACAAUUGAACUUGCUUGCAGCUGUCUUAAAGUCGCUUACUGUGGAAUAACAGUCGUAACUACAGUGGUUUCUGAAAAGUGCAUUAUAUUUUUAGUUGUUGUUAUAUAACUGAAGUCCAGCCAUUGUUACUUUGCAUUUCUUAACUCCAUUUAGGUUGGGAACCAAAUUAAAAGUUUCACUUGCUUGCUGUCAUCGUUAGUAUGAAUGGCCACUUCUGUUGAAAAUGCAGGAGAUCUUCAGGCUCAAGUCGAUGAGGUCGAAGCUCUUUCCUCCAUAUAUGGUGAUGAGUGGUGCGUGAUCGACGAGGCAUCUAGAAUAUUCUGUAUCAAAAUCUCAGCUGACUCGAGCUCGUCAAAAUGGACCGUGUGUCUACAGAUUAUCCUACCACCUGAUUACCCAAGUGCCUCUCCACCUAUUUAUCAACUUAAUGCCGCGUGGCUGAGAGGACCUGAGAGAACACAGCUCUCUAACAUGCUGGAGGAUCUAUAUGUGGAUAAUGCUGGGGAAAGCAUCCUUUAUCUCUGGGUGGAGAAGAUCAGAGAAUUCCUUGUGGAAAGAUCUCAAACCAGUGACACAGAGGAAGGCUUCAAGAUGAGGAUGAGUACGGAGGAGAAGGGCGGCGCGGAGGAUGACGUGGCAUGGGGCGUCCCGCACUGCCUCGAGCUCGUGUCGGCCAUGGAGCAGGUGCAGCUGUCCUCGGAGGCCAUAGGAGAUGGGGAAACCCCUCUCAUCACUCACGGACAGGUGAUCACAGACCGGCGUAGCACCUUCCAGCCCCAUCUAGCCCCAGUGGUGGCAUCCAAACAGGUCAAAAUGGUCCUGGAUGCCCUGUAUGAAAACAAGAAGAUUGCAAGUGCCACACACAAUAUCUACGCCUACAGGAUAUUCUGUGAGGACCGGCAGACGUUCCUGCAAGACUGUGAGGAUGACGGGGAGACGGCGGCUGGGGGGAGGCUGCUGCACCUUAUGCAGAUCCUGGAUGUCCGGAAUGUGAUGGUGGUCGUGUCCAGAUGGUACGGUGGCAUCCUGCUGGGGCCGGACCGCUUCAAGCAUAUCUGCAACUGUGCCAGGGGCAUCCUAGUCCAGGAGGGCUACGUGGAUCCCACGGAUGAGUCAGCCAAAGCCGGAGGAAGGAACAAAAAGCAGAAAGGCAAGAAAGCGAAGUAAGGAGGACGGCCGACCAUGGCUCCGGCCUGUCCAUUAAUCGGAUUCAGAUUGUUGCACAUUGAACAUUUCUGAUUCACCAUUGACACCCUCCUACAUCAUAACGCAGGGCGACUGGUCACGCCUUCCUGCAGCAUCCCUAUCGCGCGAACGGGCGAAUCCGAACCACUAGACAUGGAGGAAUUGGCUAAUUCCCAUGCCACCAUUGGCAUCACACGUUCCCGAAAGUGCUUCCUUGAUGAUUAAAUAAGCAUCUGUUAAGGGACUGUAGACAAGAGCUUUGCUUUGGAAUUGUCCUCAGAAUUUAUUCCCAAAGGAAUUUGAUUUUCAUUCCAUCAUCAUUAUUGGGUUUAUUCAAAAUGAAUCUGGCUCAAAUGUCCCAGCCAUUCAUAUUCGUUCGCAUUCAAUCUGCUUAGAUGAUGAAAUAAAUAAAUAUUUACUCUGGGGGCUGGA